CGAAUCAGUGAAGAAAUCUUUCUGCUUUCCAAAGAAGUGGAGCCGCCCAUCUGUCCCCCCCAAUCAAAGGACUCCUACCUGCCAGAUCUCUGGCUUCCUGAGAAAGCUGCCAGCAGCCCAACCUUCCGUUGGGACGAUGAAAAAGACGAGCUUCUGUGGAACGGGGGGGGGUGUUUCCAGAGAAAGCCUCUCCUGAGAGGUGGAGCUUUCCCACCACAGCCCAGCUCCCAGCAGGUGUAUAAAGAGCAGGAGAGCAGCUCAGGAACAGCAGCCUUCAGACCUCCAGCAGACCUCAGCCAGCCGACCUCUGCCUGCAGACACGAAGUCAACAUGUCUUACAUCACUGAAAUCGUGGUUUCUGUCAAUCAAGACGAGGAGAAACAAUUCCUUUCAGAGGGCUACAUCCAAAACCCUGUAAAUCUGAACAAAGAAUCCACCGGAGCAAAAAACUUCCUCUGGUACAAGAAGGGCGAUGACAACGGAAUCACCAGGAUUCAGGCCUCAUUUAAUGAUGAAAUGUGCAAAGGCCUAAAGGAUGCAGGGUACCAGAAAGUUUACAAGAAUCUGAACCAAGGAGCAGGUGGAGAUGAAAUUUACCUGUGGUACCUUAAGGGUUCCACUAACCAUGAUAUUCCAAUCAAAGAUCUUUUCCUCUCCACUGAAAGAGAAGAUGAAGCCCAACUCUUUCGUUUUGGGUGGGAGAAGCUCGCCUGUAACUUGAAUCGAAGAAACGGAGGCUGCAGGAUCUACCUGUGGGUACAGAGAGCUGAACCAACCUUCGUCAGUGACAUCAUCACCACUGUUGACUUCGAAGAUGAGAAUUCGAAGUUCAAAGAUGGCUACAUCCGUCUGGAUGAGGACAUCAACAGGGGUAGUGGGGGGCCCAGUAUUUUCCUCUGGUACCGUCUGACCACAGAUGAAAACCAUGCCAUCACAGACCUACAGAUCUGUAAAGGUAACAAACAUCCUCCAGGAGAUUAUAUUGCGGUGGAUCAGAACCUCAACCGGGGCAAUGCUGGUACCCAAAUGUACCUCUACUACAUCAAAGAUCACCAAAGCAAGGCCAUCCAAACCAUCUCUCUGAUUAUCAAGGAGAUUGGUAAGGAUCCCUAUGAAAUUGCCGGGGUCCAGGUGGUGGAUGUGGAUCUUAACGAAGGCAAUGAAGGAGUGAGAGAGUACCUGUGCUUCUAUCAAUGA